UUUUGUAUUUGCCGAUUGUUAUAGCGGGACAAUCUUGGGGCUAAGCAACCCUGUGUUAUCCUGUGUCACGUGACGGCGGCUUCCCGUCAGUCUGUACCCAGCCUCCGGCAAUAAAGGACGUAACAUAAUUGGCGACGAGGAUCAAAAGUUAGGCCUGAUUAGGCGUAGGGCUAGCCGAAAUGGCAGCUGCACUGGGCACGAUUGGGGAAUUCGUUCCGACGGAGGCGCCGUCUUGGCCCUUGUAUUUGGAGCGCCUCGAAUUUUUCUUUCAAGCAAACGACAUCGACGGUAACGAGAAGAAGCGAGCAACGCUCUGCAGCGUUUGCGGCCCAGCAACGUAUGCCAUCGUGCGUUCCCUUUGUUCUCCGGACGCGCCGUCGGCGGUGGCCUACGAUGAGAUCGUCAGGCGUCUCUCAAACCACUUCUCGCCGCGACCGUCGGUGACGGUUCAGCGUUUCAAGUUUGGCACGCGUCAGCAGCAGCCCGGUGAGUCAAUUGCCGAAUACAUCGCAGAACUGCGACGUCUCUCGGAACAUUGUGAUUUCGGUGCGUCGCUCGACGACAUGUUGCGCGACCGACUGGUGUGUGGGGUGCGAAGCGAGACUCUUCAGCGUCGGUUGCUGGCGGAGCCGGAGCUUACGUUUGCGACAGCUCGGGAGAAAGCCAUUGCCAUGGAAUCUGCGCAGCGACAGACUGAGCAAAUUCGCGGCAGUGCCACAUCGUCUGAAGUAUGCAGCGUGAGCGGGAAGCGUUUCGACCCAUGUGUUACGAAGGUCUCGGCGCCGGGGACAGCCAAGGAGGGUACCCAGAAGCAGGCGGGUUCGCCUGGGAGCACAAGUGGAUGUUUCCGCUGCAAAGGUGCGCAUUCGCCAAGCAGUUGCCCAUUCAUUAAUGUGCAGUGCCACUUCUGCAAGCAACGAGGGCACAUAGUAAGAGCAUGCAGGAGGAAGGCUACAGCUCGCGCUUCGGCUGAACCGAACUCUCCGAACGGAAAACGGGCCAAUGGAGGCCGUCACAAGAAUGCUGCGUCGGACGUAUACGACGUGUUCGUACUGUCUGGUGAGGAGCCAGCCGUGAGAGUGGAAGUGCGCGUCAACGGAAGUCCCCUAGAGAUGGAGGUGGACUCGGGUGCAGUGUGUUCAGUCAUCAACGACCGGACUAUGCGGAAGCUGCGAAUAUCGAAAAGGGCGUUGCGCCCAAGUAGCCUUCACCUCCGAGCUUACAAUAACAAGGAACUACGAGUGUUGGGUGAAUUGACCGUGACGGUGGAAUUUAGGGGGCAGGAACAUCGCCUGCGAUUGGUGGUGGUUAAGGGUGCUAGUAUCGGACUUAUCGGUCGAGACUGGUUCAAGUCCUUGGGAAUAAGUCUGAGUGGCGUUCACAGUGUGUGCGAGCCGAGUAGAACUGGCAGUAAAGGAACAACGGCCUUGCUCAAGAAGUAUUCUUCAGUCUUUGAGCCUGGACUUGGGACAAGUAGAGGGCCUCCUGUACACAUAGAGGUGAACCCGACAGCUCCGCCGCGAUUUUUGAAGCCACGGCAAGUACCGUUUGCAUUGAGACCGAAGGUCGACGAAGCACUGGACAGGUUGGUGAGCCAAGGCAUUUUCCAGCCUGUACGGCACUCGAAGUGGGCAACACCGGUCGUUCCAGUUGUCAAGAAAGAUGGAUCGAUAAGGAUCUGCGGGGACUACAAGAGCACCGUCAAUCGUGUGGUGCAGUGGGAAACGUAUCCUCUGCCAACACCAGAGCAGCUGUUUGCCAGGCUGGCAGGUUGCUCGAAGUUUUCAAAGCUAGACCUCGGACAAGCGUACCAACAGAAGACUGUUGAUGAAGAAACAGCUGACUUGUUGACGGUGACAACACAUCGGGGACUUUUCCGCGUAACCCGUCUUCAAUUUGGCGUGGCAGUGGCAGUGGCUAUUUUUCAGAGGUACAUGGAAGAACUGUUGCAUGGAAUUGAUGGUGUGCUGGUGUUCUUGGAUGACAUCUUGAUCGGUGGAAGGGAUGAGGCACAGCACUAUGCUCGUUUGCAAGAGGUGCUCAAAAGAAUCCACGAAGACGGUCUGCGACUGAAAUUUGACAAAUGUCAAUUUUGUGUUGAGGAAGUGCGUUACUUGGGAUUCAUCGUGAACUCUGCAGGUGUGCAGCCGACAGAAGACAAGGUGAGUGCUAUUCACGAGGCCCCGGAGCCAACAUGCAAAAAGGAGCUUCAAGCCUUUUUGGGAGCUCUGAACUUUUACAACAAGUUUCUUAAGGGAGCAGCACAUACCUUGGAGCCACUGUACCGGCUGUUGGACAAGGGUCGCGAGUGGCGUUGGACGGGAGCAGAGGCAGACGCAUUUCGCCAGGCGAAGGAUCUGCUGCAAUCAUCGCAUGUUCUUGUGCACUAUGAUGUCAACAGGCCCCUAGUGCUUGCCUGUGACGCUUCCCCGUAUGGACUGGGUGCUGUGUUAAGUCAUGUGGGGGAAGAUGGUAGCGAGAGACCGGUUGCAUAUGCAUCAAGGACUAUGAGCGCGGCAGAACGUAAGUACGCCCAAACAGACCGAGAAGCGCUCGCCAUUGGCUUUGGCGUUAAGAAAUACCAUCAGUUUCUGUAUGGGAGGCAUUUCAAAAUUGUGACGGACCACAAACCCCUCUUAGGACUGUUGCACCAUGCCAAGCCCAUUCCCCAGGAGCUAUCACCACGGAUGCUGCGGUGGACCCUCAUGUUAUCAGCAUAUGACUAUGAAAUUGAGUAUCGACCAGCAGAGAAGCUUUCCAAUGCUGAUGCAUUCAGUCGUUUACCACUGAGGGCCAGUAAGGCGGAGGAAGAGGAGCAGCGUCUUUGGGAAGUAGAAAUGCUAGAAAUGGCACCAGAAGUAACGUGGAACUCUCGGAAGGUGGCCAGUUUUACGUCAAGGGACAAGCUGUUGGCUAGAGUCUGCAAUUGGGUGCAGCAUGGGUGGCCAGAGGGCAAGCUACCGGAAAAGUUUGCCGCAUUUGUGAUCCGCAAGCAUGAACUGUCAGUGUACCAAGGUUGUUUGCUGUGGGGCAGUCGUGUCGUCAUUCCAGAGCCAGCUCGACCAUAUGUCAUGGACAUUCUUCACACAGCUCAUCCAGGAAUUAUCAAGAUGAAGGGGCUCGCCAGAGGAGCCGUGUGGUGGCCAGGAAUUGACAGAGACGUUGAGCAGAAAGUGAGGGACUGUGCACGUUGUCAAGAAUCCAGGUCUGCGCCAGCAGCUGCAAAAAUUCACCCUUGGGAAUUCACCAAGCGUCCUUGGACAAGACUAAAUGUCGAUUUUGCUGGGCCAUUCCAAGGCAACGUCUUCCUCAUUGUGGUGGACUCUCACUCGAAGUGGUUGGAAGUGUGCCGAAUGACUUCCAUGUCGGCAGCGGCAGUUUGUGCGAAGCUUCGUUUUCUUUUUGCUACCCAUGACAUUCCAGAGACUGUUGUUUCGGAUAAUGGAACUGCAUUUUGUUCGGAGGAAUUCAGAGACUUCAUGUGCCGAAAUCAAAUCCGACAUGUGACCGUUGCCCCAUAUCACCCUUCUUCAAAUGGUCAAGCAGAGCGGAUGGUGCACGAAACCAAAGAAGUACUCAAGCGCAUGGUUGGAGGCAAUAUCGACACACGUCUGGCUAGGUUUUUAAUGACCCAGCAUAUCCUGCCUCAUGCUACAACAGGCAAAAGCCCAGCCGAAUUGCUAAUGGGCAGAAAACUUUCAACUGUGUUAGAGCGUCUGCAUCCUGACCUGCAGUCCAUUGUGCAGCAGAAACAGGAGCAGGUGAUGCAGCGCCGUAACCAGGCAGUGCGACUGUUUGAAGUGGGGGAUCGAGUGUUUGUGCGCAACUAUCUCUAUGGGCCCAAGUGGUUGCCGGGCAUUGUGGAUUCUGUCACUGGACCAGUGUCGUACUUGGUCGUCACCAAGGAUGGACGUCGGUGGAGACGGCAUGUUGACCAACUCAGAAGUCGUUCUGCCAGCUACGCAUUGGACACUGGAAUGUGCGAGGAGGAGGAAUCGUUGGUUCCUUUCCCGGCAGGGUGUUCCGAAAGCGACAUUCCUUCAAGCCCAGAGGACCCUGGAAGACGGAACCCAAGAGAAGUACCCAGUACUAAACCUGUUUCCUGUGGUGAGGACAGUGAAGUCAGCGCAUCCCGGGACCAGAGAGAAAUACGAGAAGAGGCUGCAACACCCAGUGCCGAACCUGUUUCCUGUGGUGAGGACAGUGAAGUGAGCGCACCCCUUCAAGUCCAGCGACCACAGCGCCAACGCAACCGUCCUGCGUAUCUGAAGGACUACGUGACGUAGGGGGGAGGAGUGUUAUAGCGGGACAAUCUUGGGGCUAAGCAACCCUGUGUUAUCCUGUGUCACGUGACGGCGGCUUCCCGUCAGUCUGUACCCAGCCUCCGGCAAUAAAGGACGUAACACCGAUGCAGCCGCAAGAUAAAAGAGAGCAAAAAAUCAAUUUUCAACUUGCGCUAACACACACAAGUUGUGUGGGAAAAGUGCCAACAAGAGUACCAUAAGAUGAAACCCAGCCUGCCUACAGUGAGCGCUACGCUCUCAUUCUGCCCGGAUGUUGCAAGGUCCGAAUGGACAACAUUAAUGUUAACCCAAACUAUCAUCAAAAUUCAACUAGACAUUGAAUUGUAUGAUCACCUGUUUUCCAACGCCAUUCUUCUGCCACAUCAAGACAGACAGAUUUUUCUGAAUAGUGCCAAGACACUCAGCCGGGAUGCAUUGAAAACUGAAUUUAUUUUUAGUUUUUUACCCCUGCUUGACACAGAAAGAUGGUUGGCACCUCACGGGCUGCUACUACUGUGGUAUAUAGUACGGAGCAAUGAAAACGACAUGAUGUCCCGACACCUGUUGGGACGAAUUCAUCCACCAAACAGCCUGGCGAUGACAUGGCUGUCUCAAACAUUUCUUUUAUGUUCCACUGCCAGAAAAGCCCUUAUUUUCGUUGGUCUCAUAAAGGGUGUGAUCAAGCUCUUAUGCCAUUCUUGGGCAUGGUACCCGGAGCUGAUAACAUUGUGUUCAACAUGCUUUGUAAUACUGGAAAUCAUACUCGCAAUUUUGACUCCACUAUCACAAGUGGUAUUGAAAUUUGUGACGGACUUCACAUGAAAAAGUGGUGUGGACCCCACUGAAAGUAUCCACACAGUUGUGAAAAGCUGGAUGGAACUAUCUAGCUGCCAACGACAAAAUUCUCUCUCUCUCUCUUAUCUCCCUCUCUCUACCUUUUUUUGUUUUUACACUUUUUUGCAUAAUUAAAAAUUGGUGGUGUCUGCUC